CCACAAGACCAGUUCAUACCAGACAGCCAGCGUGGUAGCUCCUGUCAACACCUCCUGUUCCUCUUUCUAUCCCAGCUGUCACUGAAGAUGGAGGGUGAGUGUGUAACAUUGGAGUCGGGUGCCAAAGAGCAACCUACCGGCACGGGACCGGUAACAGCCGAACAACUGGCAGCUAUAGAGGACGAAGAAAUCCUCAAUAACAUGCUAGAUAAGGCUGUGGAUUUCGAGGAGAGGAAAAUGAUCCGCGCCGCCAUGAGAGAACUACUUAAGAGGAAGAGAGAACGACGGGACAGGGAGCGAGCAGCCAGAAUGGAGAACUUGCGACAGCAAAGCGGAGACAAAACAGCUGCUGGACAAAAUAAGGAGCAGAAAGCCAAUGCUAACGGUCGGAGCGGCCCGCAAUACAAUGCACACAGGCCAGCUCAAGCCAGAACAUUUUCAUCCCCCCAAUCCACUUCUUUCACCCCUAAAACUGUGGGCAGCCCGGCUCAGUCACACAUGGCCAGGGUUAAAGUGCAGUCUGGCUCGGCGGUCGGGGGCUCCAACACCAAAGACGUCAAACAGAUGCUGCUGGACUGGUGCCGGGCCAAGACUGAACCAUAUGAGGGUGUGAAAAUUCACAAUUUCUCCUCUAGCUGGUCAGACGGUUUGGCAUUCUGUGCGCUGGUACACAGAUUCUUCCCCGAGAGCUUCGAAUACUGCACCCUUGACCCGUAUGACCGCAGGGCGAACUUUGAGAAGGCUUUCAAGACUGCAGAGAUUCUUGCCGACUGCCCUCCGCUGCUGGACGUGGACGACUUGAUGCAAAUGCGAGAGCCCGACUGGAAAUGCGUGUACACAUAUAUCCAAGAGUUCUACCGCUGCCUGGUGGAGAAAGGCCUUGUCAAGACCAAAAAGAAGACGCCAUAAUGAACAAUGGCACACUGAACGUUUUCACUGUAAAUGGCCAAAUGACUACAAAAGGCACACAAACCAAAGAUCAGAUAAAUCGUCUUACAUUUCUACACUCCCCUCCAUUUCACGCAUGUGCGCAUGUGCAGUGGAAGAGGAUUUUAACCUGUGCGUUAGUGUGUUUGGUAUAAUGAUUCAGCCGGAGCUCUGAAGCAUUGCAUUCCAGUGAGAUUACACGUGCAUUUAUCUCUCUCUAGAUUUUGUGAAAGUGUGUGUGUAUGCGUGUGUAUGCAUGGAUGGCUUUUUAUGGUGCUGUUACUCCCUGUUUUGAAUGCACUCCAACACAAAAGCAUCAGGCUUAUAAGGGCAUGUGAUCUAAUGUGGAAUUAUAUUUACACCAGAUUUAUCGCUUGUUUAAAAAAAUAGACAGGGUACUUUUACUAUUAUGUAAGAGAAAACAACGUUAAAAAAGCUCAUGUCUCAUGCAUUCCUAAUGGGAUAUAAAUAUCGAUGGCAUUUUUUGAUUGGGUGACAUUUGAAGAGUUAAAAGUUCUCUUUAAGUUGCACAAGGCCAGAAGUAUUUCUUAUUUAGGCUGUAUAGAUUCAGCUAUAGUCCAUGCAAUAACCAUUCACUCAGGGUUGGAAAGGUUCACAGGGCCAGUUAAAAACCUGUAAGUCAAAGCUAAUACCGAGUGUUCUUAAAACUGUUUCGAUACUUCACUGCGUGGCUAAUGACUUAAUGCACUAGAUGUGUAUAAUACUUCAGCACAGAUAAUGAUAUCCUUGUGCUGAUAUGCGUUGUAUACGUAUUGCAUUAAGACGUAAAACUAAUGUUGCCGUCAAUUUGUAUUUGGUUUGAUUAAAUUAUGGCUCUUUUUUCCUUCACAA